AUGUUUGCCUUGUUUUGGACACGAUCAAAUUGGGCUGGCUCUUCGAGGAGUGCCGGGACGACUUUGGGAACGGCCUACCGGUGGUCGUUCCCUAUUUCUGUACGCAGCCAUCCACCACCACAAUCGACGAUCCCACAACUCCAUGAUCACCUUCAACUCCAUAAAUACAGGGUGACCACGAUCGAUUAUGAUGUGGAGAUAAAGGCAAUUUUUACGGAAAUGGAGCGCAAAUGGGAAAUGAGUGAUUUGCCGAAAGUCUCGGACCGCGAAUUUCAAGAUUUCUUCAAAACCCAAUGUGGAAUUCAAUUCCCGAGCUGGUGGCAAUUUGUUCACCGUCCCAUUUGUGUCCUUGCACUAUCGAUCUUCACAGAUGGAGCAAAGGCUGGGUAUCAAGCUGGGCUCCGAGUUUGUCAGCGAAAU